GCGGCGCCGGGGACGCUCCCGGGGGCGGCGGCGGCGGCCCCUGGGCCGGUCGCCCCGGCGGGUCGCCGCCGCUGCAGGCGGAGGUGCUGGAUUUGGACGAGGACGAGGAGGACCUGGAGGUGUUCAGCAAGGAUGCCUCCUUGAUGGACAUAAAUUCCUUCAGCCCUAUGAUGCCAACGUCUCCUUUAUCAAUGAUCAACCAAGUCAAAUUUGAAGAUGAGCCAGAUUUGAAAGACCUCUUCAUUACAGUUGAUGAACCUGAAAGCCAUGUUACUACAAUUGAAACUUUCAUUACUUAUAGGAUCAUCACUAAGACAUCUCGUGGAGAAUUUGACUCCAGCGAAUUUGAAGUUAGGAGACGCUAUCAAGAUUUUAUUUGGUUGAAAGGAAAACUUGAAGAAGCACACCCUACUCUGAUUAUUCCACCAUUGCCAGAGAAGUUUAUAGUGAAAGGAAUGGUUGAACGUUUUAAUGAUGACUUCAUUGAGACACGCAGGAAGGCAUUGCAUAAAUUUUUGAACCGAAUUGCUGAUCAUCCAACUUUAACAUUUAAUGAAGACUUCAAAGUUUUUCUUACUGCACAAGCUUGGGAACUCUCUUCUCAUAAGAAACAAGGUCCUGGGUUCCUGAGUAGAAUGGGGCAGACUGUCAGAGCUGUUGCAUCAUCAAUGAGAGGAGUUAAGAACCGCCCAGAGGAGUUCAUGGAAAUGAACCAUUUUAUUGAACUGUUUAGCCAGAAAAUAAAUUUGCUUGAUAAAAUAUCUCAGAGAAUUUACAAGGAAGAAAGAGAAUAUUUUGAUGAAAUGAAAGAGUAUGGUCCAAUUCAUAUUCUGUGGUCAGCAUCAGAAGAAGAUCUGGUUGAUACUCUCAAAGGUGUUGCCAGCUCUCUUGAUAAAUGCUGUAAGGCCAGCGAAAAGCGAAUGUGUGGACUCUCGGAGGCCCUGCUUCCUGUCAUCCAUGAGUACGUGCUCUACAGUGAGAUGUUAAUGGCUGUUAUGAAAAGAAGAGACCAAAUACAAGCUGAACUGGAUUCCAAAGUUGAAGCUUUGGCCUAUAAAAAGGCAGAUACUGAUUUGCUUACAGAAGAGAUUGGAAAACUUGAAGAUAAAGUGGAAUGUGCCAAUAAUGCUCUGAAGGCAGAUUGGGAAAGAUGGAAACGAAAUAUGCAAAAUGAUAUCAAGUCAGCAUUUACAGACAUGGCGGAGGAGAAUAUCCAUUAUUACGAACAGUGCCUUGCUACGUGGGAAUCCUUUCUUUCAUCACAGACCAACUUCCACAUUGAAGAAGCCUCUGAAGAUAAACCUUAAUCCUCUUAAGGACUUGUAUGUGAUCUUUGGAGAAAAGCAUCUAGUAACCAAAGUUAUUCUUUUUUGAAUGAACUGUGUCCUUGAUGAUGUAAAUGAAAUGUUUUGCAACUAUCUGGAAAACCAAAAUAUUGAAACUCAGGUAUUCCAGAUUAUUGCCAUAUAGCGAUAUAUCUAUAGAGAGAGAUAGAUAUAUAAACUAAACCUAUUUUAGUUUAAAUUGUGUUCUUAAAGUUUUGUGCCAAUAAUUUCAUAUAGAAAGUUUUUUUUAAAUGUCUGUGGAAUAUGUCAUUUUGAAUAUAUUGUAAAGACUCAGUUUUAAUAAGAAGUUUAA